AUUCGGUACGCGUCUGCUCAUCAGACUCCACUCCGCCGAACAGGCACGGCAUUGGGCAGGGUGUCACGCAGCAUUCGACGAGCGAGCCAGCGCGUCGCGGGCGUCGGCGCCGGUUUCGGCGGCGUUCGUCUGCGCGACGAGGACGAUCAUCACGAGGAGAAAGAAGCCGUGAGGAUGGCGAAUGUGAACGAGAGCUCGGGUUCCGAGGACAGCUCUGGUGACGAGAUAGACGUGCAAAAGGAGGAGGCGGAGGAGGAGGAUGUGGUGGCCAAAAAGUCCGAAGAGGAGCGGCCGAGGUCGUUUGGACCUAUUCGAGGGCGGACGCUGGGCUUUCUUGGUCCACGGAGCAGAUUACGGAGGAGGUGCUUUGAUAUCCUUGUGCAUCCAUACACCGAACCCAUUAUCCUAAUCCUGAUUCUCCUGAACGCGGUCGUGCUGACCCUCCAGGGAUCACGAGCCCUGCUCCUGCCAGACUCAGCCAAUGCACCCGCCCCACAGAAGGGAUACUUUCGGAGGUGGGAGGACUAUGCGCUCUUCGCGCUCUUCGUCUUGUUCACCAUCGAGGCAUUCAUGCGUAUGUGCGUCUCUGGCCUUCUACUCGACCCGGAAAUCCCGAUCUCCUCCUUUGGCGCGGCGUUCUCCACACUAUCCGUCAGCUCGUUCACGCGCCGCACGCCAUCUUUGCGAACGGCACCACCACGCGCACGUGCAUCUGAAGCAAUAUACGCAUCCGCACCAACCGCGUCGUCGUCCUCGCUCGACGUGAGCGCGCUCGGGAAGGCAAACAGCAACACCAACAGCGUGCCCCUUGGCCCAGGCAUCGCACGGCAGCCCUCGGCCGCAGGAGGGCUCGCGCGGGGCAAGACGUUCAAGCGCUUCUGGGAAGGCUUGACGCGUCCAUUUGCGUUGCCAUCGCACUCUGUCGCGAGCAUGAACUCGGGGACGGUGCCGAAGCCCCUGCACCUCCCUUCACGCGUCAACAGCGACGGCUCGGGACUCUCGAACGGAAGCUAUGUGCCAGGCAAGGCACACAUGGCGUCCAAAUCGCUCGGAGGACCCACCGCAUUCCACCAGCGCACCGGAACUCUGGCAGCCAUGGCCGCGGGCGCAGCAGCAGCCACUGCACCCGCGACGACAGCGACAACGCGCCAGAAACGGCGCCGCGCACGCCAGCUCGCGUUGCCCUUUUCGAUCAACAUUGCGCAGACGCGCUCGACGCUGCGCCGGCACGUGCCGUUCUGGCGGCAGUCGUGGGGGCGCAUCGACAGUCUCGCGCUGCUCGGGUUCUGGGUGAGCUUUGCGCUGUGUGUGGCGGGCGUGGAGCGCACGUCGAGCGGGCUGCAUAUUGGGAUUUUUAGGGCGUUGAGUGUGUUGAGGGUUGCGAGACUGUUGGGUGUUACAAAGGGCACGGCGACGAUCAUGACCUCGCUCAAGACUGCGCGUCCGCUGCUCGCGAGUGUAGCGUACUUUGUGAUCUUCGCUAUCGUUCUAUUCUCGAUCAUCGGCAUCCAGUCGUUCAAAGGCUCCUUCCGCCGCGCGUGCUAUCUCCCCGCCAUGCUCGGCGAGCCCGCAACGCAGCUGAACAACCAGUGCGGGUCGUACAUUAACGCGACGACGCUCGAGGUCGCGCCCUACGUCCUUGCCGACGGGAACGCGUCGGGCAACGUCGAGAAGGGGUAUGUGUGCCCCGCGGGCACUAUCUGCAUGGAGGGGGAUAAUCCGUAUAGCGGCAUCGAGAGCUUCGAUACGAUAUACUAUGCGCUGCAGCAGGUUGUGAUCGUUGCUUCUGCCAACGGGUGGUCUCCGCUGAUGUACAGCAUGAUCGAGUCCGAGUUCUUCGUCUCGUGUUUCUUUUUCAUCGUUUGCAUCCUCGUGCUCAACUUCUGGCUCAUCAACCUGUUCGUCGCCGUCAUCACGAACACGUUCGGCGCGAUCAGGAGCGAGACGCACAAGAGCGCGUUCGGCGCGGAGUCCACAGGCCUGCUCAUCGACCAGCAAGAAGAAGGCUGGACGACCGUCGGCGGGAAGCGCGUCAUCGCACAGCGCGCGAACCGGCUCAAAGUGUACUACGCCUACACCACAUGGAUCUGGGUCUUCCUCGCGCUCGCGACGGUCGUCCUCCAGGCGACGGGCACAUCGCUCAUGUCCGACGUACACGCGGACGUGCUCGAUCUCGCCGAGGUCGUGCUCACGCUCGCGUUCGACGCCGAGAUCGUGGUGCGCUUCCUCGCGGAGCUGCCCGACUGGCGCGCCUUCUUUCGCAGCGGGCGCAACUGGAUCGACACGGUGCUCGCGGUGGGGAGCAGUGUGAUCCAGAUUCCGGCGGUGAAGCGCUCGGGGGUGUAUGCGUGGUUGACGAUUUUUCAGCUAGGCAGGUUCUAUAGGGUUAUUCUCGUUGUGCCGAAGAUGAAGCCGCUCAUGAUGACCGUGUUUGGGAACAUGUACGGUCUCGCGAACAUGACGAUAUUCCUGCUCCUCAUCGACUUCAUCGCCGCGCUCGCUGGCGUGCAGCUCAUCCGGGGUGAUAUGGGCGACGACAACGCCAUGAACUUUAGCGAGAUCUGGAACUCGUUUCUGGCCGUCUAUCAGGUCGCGUCCUCGGAAAACUGGACCGACGUCCUGUACGGUACCGCGGAUGCCGAGCUUCCCCUCGGACAGUCCGUCAUCGUCGCCAUCUUCAUCAGCGGGUGGCUGCUGUUUGGAAACUUCAUACUGAUGCAGAUGUUCAUUGCCGUCAUCAACGAGAACUUCAACGUUGCGGAGGAGGCGAAGCGGAAGCAGCAGGCAAACGAAUACUGGGCGCGGCAGCAGCAACAGCAGAUCACGCACGGCACAUGGAUGCGGCGUCUGAACCCGUACCGCUGGGUCCGUCCUGACCCUGUGCGCGUCAAGGUCGAGAAUCUGCCGAGUAACCUUGUCCUGCCGAUGCAAAAGACGCUCGUUCAGGACUCUGCGCUGCCGAGUCAGAACAGGAAAGCUUCGACACGGGUGUCAGCCCAGAGAUCUCUGAGAGGAGCCAGGCAUAUGCCCAAGAAGUCGUUAACGAUGCUGCAGCAGCUUUUUGCUGGUAGUUCCACCAACAACGACAUACCGCUCACCACCAUACGUAAUCCUCAACGACAGUCAAUGGCAGGCGAGGAUCCAAAUAUCGAAGAAACAGAUCGGCAUUUGGAGCUUUUAGCUGCCAUGCAACCUACCACCCAAGAAGAGUUUGACGAUGUGCUUUACGAGCGGAGAGCCCAGAAGGCAGACUUUAUUCGAGACCACCCGACAUUCGACAAGACUUUCUGGGUGUUUUCACAGAAGAAUAGCCUACGAAAGUUCUGCCAGAAGCUCGUGCGACCGCCAAACGGCGAGCGUAUCUUUGGCACACCACCAUCAAACGUCGCGCAUCCUAUUUUCCAGCUGAUCAUCUUCCUCGCGGUCGUCGGAGGUAUCAUCACUGAGGGCAUCGCGACACCCAUUUACCGCCGCAACUACUUUUUGCAAUGGGGCUUAUACCGUGCCUCGUGGUUCAAUGUAGCUGAAGCUACCUUUGGCCUUGUCCUCUUCAUCGAGUUCAUCAUCAAGAUCAUCGCCGACGGCUUCCUCUUCACGCCCAACGCGUACGUGCGCAGCAUCUGGAACAUCCUCGACUUCUUCAUCAUGUCUGGCAUCCUCGUCAACAUCUGCUUCCUACUCGUAUACAUAGAUGGGCUCAACCGCUUUGUCCGCUGUCUCAAGGCGCUGCGCGCUCUGCGCUUCGUCACGCUCAUCGAGAUGAUGCGCAACACAUUCGAGUCGCUCAUUCUCUCCGGCCUGCCUCGCAUGCUCGACGCGGCCGUGCUCGCUAUCUUGUAUCUCAUUCCGUUCAGCGUGUGGGGCACGAACGUCUUCGCGGGCCUGUUCAAGCAGUGCAACGACCAGAACGCCUCAGGCUACAGCGGUUGCACGAACGAAUACGUCAACACGAUCUACGGCGAUGCCUUUGGCUUUCCGGUCCCACGUGUCUGGAGCGACCCAUCGCCGUCGACCACGUUUUCGUUCGACAACUUCCAGGCGUCGCUGCUUAUCCUGUUCGAGAUUAUCUCGCUGGAGGGAUGGAUAGACGUUAUGACUGCGGCUAUGGCUCUGACAGGAUUCGACAAUCAGCCGCAGACGAAUGCAGCACAGACUAACGCGAUCUUUUUCUUGAUCUACAAUCUCCUUGGUGGUGUUAUCAUCUUGACGAUCUUCGUCAGUAUCAUCAUCGGCAAUUUCUCGUCAAAGACCGGUUCAGCGUUCCUCACCCAACCACAGCGAGAGUGGAUUGACCUGCAGAAACUGAUCAAGCGUCAAAAGCCAUCCAAGCGACCUGAGGCUCGACCAAAUGGACGCAUACGGGCGUGGUGCUACGAUAGGGCCAUUCACAAGCACGGGUGGUGGUCUCGGAUGAUGACGACGUUCUUCGUCAUCCAAAUCAUCCUAAUGAUGACGCAGACGUACCAAUCCAUCGACGUGGUCGAUCACUUCCGAGACGACUUCGCUCUCUUCAUUACCUUCUCCUACGUGAUCGAUAUCGGGGUCCGCCUGUUCGGCCUGGGCUGGACUAGUUUCCGCGGCAAUGGGUGGAACCUGUUCGACAUCACCGUCGCCGCAGGUAGUUUCGUGACGACGCUCAUUGUCCGCUUCGGAGAGACGAGUUUCGUCGUGGAGCAGCUCCAGAAGCUGUUUCUCGUCAGCAUCUCGUUCAAGCUGGUGCAGCGGACGAACAGUCUCAAUCAACUGUUCAAGACUGCUGUUGCGAGUUUACCGGUCGUUUUGAGUUUGCUGGCUCUUUGGCUGGUCCUGUUCCUAUUCUUCGCCAUUAUGUACAUGGAGGUGUUUGGUCUCACCAAGUGGUACUCCGCCGAAACAGAGAGUCAAAACUACCAGACGAUGGGCUCGGCCUUACUCAUGCUGGCGUUCAUGAGCACUGGAGAGGGAUGGAAUCAGUACAUGCAUGACUAUACCUUGUCAUACCCUAAGUGUACCUCUACGAUCGAAUUUGGCUACAUCAACACGACGGACUGCGGCAGUCCUGGCUGGGCGUAUACUCUGUUCAUUGCGUGGAAUCUGUUGAGCAUGUACAUCUUCGUCAACUUGUUUACUGGUAUUGUCGUCGAAAACUUUUCAUACGUGUUCCAAUCUACCGGCGGUGUCAAGUCCAUCAAUCGCGAGGAGAUGCGAUCUUUCAAGAAAAUAUGGGCCAUGUAUGCUAACCCCAAGACCGGAUACCUGGAACGUCAAAACCUUGUUCCAUUCUUAGGGAAACUCGGGGGUGUAUUCGAGACGCGCAUAUACCCAGAGAACUACAAUGUCAAGGUUCUUGUCGCCGAAUGCAGCAACGGCAAAUCCAAAAAGACGCAAGGUCUUAACAUCAAACAACUCAACCGCGCGCUAAACGAUGUCGAUUAUGACGCGAUACGCAAGCGGCGGAACGUCUAUAGUAGACUGUACCACGAAGCGACGUACUUCCAUUCAAAAGGCAGGGGAAUCUCAUUCACCAACAUGCUUCUGCUGCUUGCACAUCACAAGCUUAUUGUGGACCGCGAAGCUCUUGUACUCAAAGAUCUGGUCGUGCGAACAGAGCAGAACAAGCUCGUCACUGAUCUCGUCAACCUCGACCGAGUCCGUUCGUUACUGAAGAUGUUCUCUCUACGCCGUCGGUACCUACUCGAACGCGAAGCGGAACGGGAGAAGGCCCGAAACCCCUUCUUCAGCCGCGACAUCCCCGCCAUCCUAGUCGAACCCCUACCCCCAAGCACCCCGCCCCUCGGCUCGCGCGACAUCACCUCGCCCUUCACCGACUCCGCAAGAUCCGAGUACGACAGCGCCUCGCCCAACGUCUCGCCCACGCCCUCCCCGCGCCGCCUCCACCCCGGCUCGUCGCCCGUAGACACGCCCGUGCUCGACCCCGGCUUCCGCUCCAGCCUACAGCGCGCGCGCCGGGUCAGCGACACGAGUAUGCUGUCCGCCGAUGCUGGCCUGGGCUCGAGCAGAGACGGCUCGAUGACGCCUCCCGAGGGCCACGACGACGUGGUGGAGACGAUGCAGCAGUCGCUGUGGGGCGAAAUGAUGAUGGAGGCCGAAAACGAGGCGAGUUGAUAAAAAAAAAACAAGAGCGCAAUUUCGAUCAAUAUGCUGUGGACUAUGUUCAUCUUAUUGCAUAUCUUAUACUUUUUUCUGGGACCUUUACGGAUAAUCAUAACAGGAAUUUGUACGUAUCAUAUCAUUGGGUAUAGAGAAGCCAGGGCAGCCGUUGUUAGAUGCGCAUGUUUUCUCGUAUAAUAUAGUAGCACCACAUUACCCACCUACAUAGCGCGGGGAGGAGAAUGUCUAUACUCGCGGAAGCUCAACUACUCGUGUGUGCAGAACUAAGAAGGCGGUAGUAAUAUCACAACAGACACAUGUAUUCAUCAGGGGCUAUAACAACAACAGAACGACAGCAAAGGAAAACACUAUAAAUGCGCAUAUUCUCAUACUGUCGUUAUGUGCGUAAAACUGAACGAGAAGGGAACAAAUGGGGGAGAAUCGGGGAAACAUAAAACAGUCUCGUCGCGCGUCGCUUAUCCGCGCAACGCCCGCGGCUUCCAAACCUUCCUCUCAGGCACAGCUUGGAACCCAUCCUUAUCUCUCUGCUCCUGGUCCCUUCCAGCAGGCGGCGACGGCGCCGCGGGCGGCGGGCUCGGCGUUGCAGCAGGCGCGGCCGCAGCAGCAGGACUUCCGCCAGCGCGCCUGGCCUCGCGAUCUCUCCACCCUCCGCCUCCGGGGGCAGCACCACGGAGCGCACCGGGCCUGUACGCACCCUGUGACGCCGCGGGCGCGGGCGCGGGCGCGGGCGCGGGCGAAGCCGGAGCAGGGGUAGGGACAGGGCUCUCCGAGCGUGAAGGCGGCUUCGCCUGGGACUGCACGCGGUUACGCCAACCACUCUCCCCGGUACCGAUGAUGCGCGGAGGACCGCCAGCGGCGGCAGGUGCGGCGGCGGGGGCAGCAACAGGAGCAGCAGCCCGCUCGCGCUCCGCGCGCCUGCGUUCUUCCCGGUUGCGCUCGGCCUCCUCCUCGCGCUGUUGCUGGAGGCGGGCCUGUUCGAGCGUAGCUUGGCGCUCUGCUUCCCUUUUAGCGCGGGCGGCUGCUGCCUCUUCUUCUGCAAUGCGCUUUUUGGCUUCGGCGGCCUCCUCUUCUGCAAUUCGUUCUGAGAAAAGCAAGAACAUCAGAACACCCAUAUCAGGAACAAGCAGCAAAUCAGCGAGCUCACCGGCCUCGAGCCUCGCCUCCUCCUCCUCUGCCUCCCUGCGUUCCCUCUCCUCCUCCUCGGCCUUCUGCCUCUCCUCCUCCUUCGCCCUGCGGUACUCUUCCCUCCUGUCCUCCUUCUCCGCCUCCUUCCUCCUCUCCGCCUCCGCCACCCGCCUCUUGUACUCCUCCCCCUUCUUCUCCGCAAUCGCCUCCCGGCGCCCCUUGAAGUCCUCCAUCAUGCGCGCCAGCCUCUUCUUGGUCUCGACAGCAUGCACAUGCAUCUCCCGGCUGUUUACGAUCCUCGCCUUCUGCAGCGUCUCGAACGUGCGCCGGUCCUCGGCCUGCUGCUCCUCGUAGUCCUUGGCAAGCAGCGGCCGCUCCUCCUUGCGGUACGCGCGCUCGAUGUGGUCCACGCGCUUCGACGCGAGCCGGAGCCGGUCGUUGAGUUCCUUCUUCUCCUUCUCGAGCUGCUCGACCUGCAUGCGCAUGAGGCCCUCCGUGCUUAGCUCCUCCAUCUCCUACAGAGCCAAUCAGCAUAUCUCGCAGGUACGCGUCGCAGAAAAGAACCCACAUUGGCAGACACCUUGAGCCCACCGCGCUUGAUCAAGUUCUCCGCAAGCUUCUUCGCCUCCUCCGCACGGAUCGUCUCGAUCUCCCUCCUCGCACGCUCCACCUCCUUCUUGCGCGCAUCCUCCUUGGCCCGCUUACUCUCCUCGUCCCUCCUCCGCCUCAUCGUCUCCGCCUUCAAACUCGCCUGCUCCUUCUCGAGCCGCGCGCUCAGCUCGCUCAUCAGCUCCCUCCUCCGCGCAACAAAGUCCCUACGGAGCUUCAUCGCCCGCCUCUCCGCCUCCGCAGCCUGCACAAGCGCCUGCACCCUCGCCUCCUGCUCCGCGCGCUCCUCCUCAGCCGCACGCUGCACCGGCGGAUAAAUCGCGCGCAGCGACACCUCGAGCGUGCGCGCGAGCGCACUCAGCCGCGUGCGCACGAGGUCCGACGCCGACGGCUGCACGACGUGCGACUCCCGGAACGACGGCGAGAGCGACGACGGGCCCGCGGUGGCAGAGUCGUCCGCGGGGCCGAACGCCUCGUCGGCGAAGAUGACCGUCUCCUUGGCGUGGUCGACGCGCACGGCGAGCUCGUUACGGCGCGCGGCGCCCAUCAUGUACGCCUCGAUCUGCUCGGGCGUGAACGCGUUCAGCGGGGCGACGAGCGUCUGGAGGUGCGAGGUCGUGAUGGUGCCAUACACCUGCGAGAGCUGGGAGAGGAGGCGCGACAGAAGCGCACGCUCGAGGAGAGGGCGAUAGCCCGCGUACGGGUUCAAGCCAUCCUCGGGGGCUUCACAGAUGGUCGAGAGGACGGGAGCGGUGGAUGCACAUAGGGUAAGGGGAUCGAAGGAGACUUCGAGGAGGUUGUACAGCAGCUUGACGGGCUCCGGGGAUAAGAGGAGGACGUUGCGGGACAGCUGCAGAAUCAUUGAUGAGUAAAUGAUCGUGACACAUACAAUAACCUGAGUAACGUACCGCGUCAGCGAGGAGUCCGGACCGAGUGGGGGACUUUGUCAGCCCGAGCAGAGCCGCGAGACGGCCCGCCUUGCCUUUGCCCUCCUCUUCUUCCUCCGCAAGGCCGACAGGGACGGCCAAGGCGCUAACGAGGACCUGGCCCGCGAGGCGACGGCCCCAGGCAGCGGCGUGAUAGAGCGCGUUGCCGCUCAUGAGGAAAAUCUUGGUCAGCUUCUCGUAGUAGUUGGCCAUCAUGGCGGGGCGAGGCGCCUUCUUGGCCAUGGUGAGGAGGUUGUGGAUGUCCUCGACGGAGCGGAAGGCCUCCUGCCAGAGCUCGAGCUCGACGGAGGUGUUGAGCUGGGCGAAGCGGGUGUCGAGGUGGUGCUGGAGCGUCUCGGCAUCGUUGAGGUUGAUGGCGUGGAUCUGGUGGGAGUAUUUGGCGACAUUGGCGAGGUGGAGGCGGAGGGUCUCGCAGAGGCGACGGAACUCGACUUUUCGCUGGUGCUUCAAACAGAAG